UCAACGAAUGCACAAACUGCGAUCACUCUGUAAAAUCCACUUUCAAAAGUUACAAUGUGAUGUGUCGCUCUACCCUAGCAAUUUUCAUUAUUUUAAUUCUGUCGGACGUUCUUUUAGGGUGGAGUUCCAAGGAGAAUACACAAAACGCCAGCAUCCAAAAGCAUCGUAAACGUAUCGGAAAGAAAGCAUCGCGGAAUGCAAUUGUCCGGUCCGCCAAGAAAGCCGUACAAGUGCGUGCCAAUGGACAGCGUUUGCAUUCGAUAAAACUUAUACGUCAAAGUGGAAACACCUACGUUGCCACAGCGCAGUAUGCAAAGCCACAGAGAACCCUCAUUGUUAAGUGCUGCGGGUUCAGUAAAUGUCAUGAUGGCAGUAAAGGAUACCGGAACAACACAUCAAAUACGAAAAAAGAACCAAUAGACCUAAGCGGGCCAAAUCCGCUGCGAUUAAGAAUCGGAAACACGAAAUACAAAUUUCCAAAAGAGCAGGCAACAUUUUCUGAGGCGAAAAAGAUUUGUGAUAAGGACGACAUGGACAUUGCUACAUUUAGCAAUCCUGACGAAGUGGGAAAAAUCACAGAAUAUCUCAAUUAUAUUGGGUUGUCUGACAACCCCGUUUUUGCGUCCUUGUCCUCGGUUCAAAGCGGCAAUUCCACCUUGAGCAACUGGGGUCAGGAUGCCCCACCUGGGGGCGAGGGCAACUGUUUGGUAGAACAAAACGGGGCCCUUUACAACGCGUCUUGCGACCAAAAAGCCAACUUUGCCUGUGAAGAGCGACCUCUUCCCGACGGAGUCACCACAACAAUUGGACCAUCAUCGCUCUCCUCAUUAGAAGAUGCUGUUUUGAAUUUCGUCGGCGGUAAAAACAUUUUGGUCCCGAGCGAAAAAGCCACCGUUCCAGAAGCAACAAGUCUGUGCGCCAAUCAGGGCCUUGAACUCAUGUCGCUCGACUCGAUGGCCCAAUUGGACUCGGUCCAGGAUUUCCUUGGAGACAUUGGAUUGUCAACGAGCACGGUGCUGACGUCUUUAAAAAAAGUGACCGACGGAGGUUCGAACUGGUUGGGCGAUUUGGCUUCGGCUUUCAUGCCUCAAAAGGACCCGGCAAAAGACGGGGACUGCACAGGGCUGACUUCCAUGGGCAUCACGGGCAUUUCCUGUGACACAGUUUCCAAUUUCGUUUGCCAGGCGCCGGAAUCUGGAAAGUCAAAAACUGGUGCAACGACUAGUGGAGCUAAAGCUGCAGCAGACACAACCACUUCUGCAGACAAUCCUCAAACUUCUGCGGCAACCAACAUUGUGCCAGCAGCGCUAACAACUAUGAAUACUGACUCGGUCACUUCCGUAUCAAGCACUGAUACGGCCUCCACCACCUCAGGAUUGUCCAACCCCGCUUCAACUGCAGACACCCCAUCAACGCCCACUACGGUCAACCCUAGCAUAACGGGAACAACUUUAACCUCGCUGGGAGCAAGUACAACAAUUGGAAUAGCAGCGUCAACUCAAUCCACAUCCUCAGUCUCUUCAUCAGCCUCAAUCCUUACAACAUCUGCACUUUCUUCAACCUCUAUCGGUGCAACUGCAACAACUGCGCUUCCAUCAACAACAAAAUCAGUGACAACUCCUUCAAUAACAGCAACAACAACUGCAACAACAACUAUAAUAACAACAAAACCAAUAGCAAUAGCAGCGUCAACAACGGUAACAACACCAACACCGACAGCUACAACCACUGUAACGACAACAAAACCAACAACUACAACAACUGUACCGACGACGACACCAACAACUACAACAACUGUAACGACGACGACACCAACAACUACAACAACUGUACCGACGACGACACCAACAAUUACAACAACUGUAACGACGACGACACCAACAACUACAACAACUGUAACGACGACGACAACAGUAGUGACAACACCUUUACCUUACUACAAUUUCACCUCAAUUAUUGGCACGAAAUAUUUGAUUUCAACCAGCCCAGUGAGCUACGACAAUGCAGAAGCUUGGUGUAACACGUACGGGCUGACUUUUUUGAACAUUAAGAGUAUUGGGAUCGUUGCAGACAUCGCUGCCGCACUAAAUAAAGAGCCCGCAAAAUCAGCAAUGUCCUACUCUGACGAUGUUGCUAUUGGGCUUCGCAAUACCGGUACUUGGCAGUGGUCAAAAGGCACAACUUACAGCAAGAUGAAUCUUGGCUGGAUUAUGAGUGUCCCCACUUCUGGCGACUGCGGAGGGAUAAAUAGAGCAAAUGUCGUAAGCGCCACUGUCUUCUCUUGCACGGUCAGUAAAAGGAUUAUCUGCUCGGCGUAAAAUUUUAAAGUAUAUAUGAAAUAAAAAUUUUCAAGAAAAACUUUUGAUCAUGUAUAUGUAUAGAAAAAACCACAUAGAUAUUGUUUAUGAGAAAGAUUGCUUAUAUAUAAUGGAUGUUUUAGAAGGG